CAGACAUCCUCUCAAAUCCAUGAAGUAGCUCGGAGUUUCCUCCCCCGAGUGGCCAAUAUGUGAAUGGUACUUCAAAUUUUGCCCAGGACCGUGACUUUGUUUUUAGCUCUUUGGGACCAGUGGCUCCUGAUUCCGCCUCCCCCAGGCCGUGGCAGUCAAGAGGUGUUGCAUUUGAUGCAGAUGCCGGUAGGCUUUCAGAUCUGAUGGCGCGAGUAGUUUGGCGGCCGCGCGCAAGACGCCGUCUGACAGGUGGUUCCAGCCGCAUCGGGGCCACCACCCCGCACGCGCUUGGGCAAUCUUGGCAAUCGUGCCGCCAUGCUGUUGUGGCUCACGGUUGUAGUUAGCGCGGCGAUCUGAAGUGAGGUCCAAGCAUUUCUGUCGUGGGAAGUCCGCCAUAUAACAGCAUGCAUCCGCAUCCGAGCCAUCAUGCAAAAGAUCCGUGGCUGUUCUGGGUCAAGUUUUUGGCGUCAAAGGGAGGGUGCCACCACCCACCAAACUACCCCAACCCAACCCGAAGGCAUUAUUGUGCUCCCCAUUCCCAUUUGGGUCCUCGGGUUGUGGUGGGGUAGUCUGGCAGGUAAUCAGAGUGCGGGAUGGCUCGAGGGAGCGCGGCCCAGCUGCGAUGCUCCCGUGGAGGGGCUACGCCCGAAUCGCUGCCUCGGUUUCAAAUGCUGCCAUGAUCUGGUACAUCUACGGCUUUUACUUACUGAGCAUCGAUUGGGGGCUUUUCGGGCAGCUCCAGCAUCUCCAGCACGGCGAGUCGCCGAGGAUGACCGACUAUAUCUGGGCACGGAACUUCGACGCGGCGUUCAAGCACCUCCGGCUGUUCUCGUUCUCCGCUGCGAUGUUGCCGAGCCUUGACGUCUAUUUGUUCCUGGGCGUUCCUGGAUCGGUCGUCCACCUCGUCCUGGAGCGCGAUCGGGUCACGUGGCUGCAGUCCUUCCUGAAGCUGCGCACGCCCUGCUGCAGCGCCCAUCGCGCUGCACGGUGGCUGGAGAUGUACUACUGGAGCUUAGUGCUGGGAAGCCUGUCCUUCCUGAUGCUCGCCCGCGUCCACAUUGACAUGUCAUGGCCGCACUACUUUUGCAGCGCAAGUGGUCUUUUGUUCACGACCACCGCCUUGUGCCUCUACCUUGUCAUGCCCUUCCAAGUCGCUCUGGUGGGUGCAGACGGUUGCUCGGAGUGGCUGGCCCAAGCGAAACGCUGGGUCUUUCCCUCGUUGUGGCUUGUUCUUGGGCUCACCGCCAUGUGCUUCGCGUCUGCAUUGUGGAAGUGUGAGCGCCUCGGUGACGACCGCCCAUCACUCGUUUUUGGAGUUCUCGAGACCAUCACGAUCACGGGAUACCAGCUUGUUCUUGGAGUCUUCGUGGUUGACGAUAGGAUGAUGGCGAGAACGAGGGUUGCUCCUCUCAAGGCCGAUUGAAGCCAGUGCCGUGCAUGCUUGGCGAGAAAAGCAUCACACCAUGCAAUGGAUCACAUCCCGUGUGUUCCAGCCAAGACGCUGAAAAAAUGACCAGCUUGGGGGCUCUCCGCUCGUUGGGGGGGGGGACCGCCCCUCAGACCAGCGAGCCGCUGCGUGGCC